CCGGCGAGGAUGGCCGGGGCGGCGGCGCAGCAGCAGAAGGGUGGAAGUGGUGGCGGCGGCGGUGCUGUGAGGGUCGGCGGCGGAGGGCCGGCGCCGUUCCUGACCAAGACGCACCAGAUGGUGGAGGAGCGCGGGACGGACGAGGUGAUCUCGUGGAGCGAGCACGGGCGGUCGUUCGUGGUGUGGAAGCCGGUGGAGCUGGCCCGCGACCUCCUCCCGCUCCACUUCAAGCACUGCAACUUCUCCUCCUUCGUCCGCCAGCUCAACACCUACGGUUUCCGGAAGGUGGUGCCGGACCGGUGGGAGUUCGCAAACGAGAACUUCCGGCGAGGCGAGCAAAGCCUCCUCUCCGGCAUCCGUCGCCGCAAGGCUACGGGGACGACGACUCCCCAGUCCUCCAAAACCUGCGGAACCGGCGUAAACGUCGCGUUCCCUCCGCCGCUGCCCGCUCUGCCUCCCGCAUCUGCCAGCACGUCCGGCACCGGCAACGACCACAGCACCUCCUCGGCGUCCUCGCCGACGCGCCCGGAUCUCAGCAGCGAGAACGAGCAGCUCAGGAAGGACAACCACGCGCUGGCAGCGGAGCUGGCCCUGGCGCGGCGGCACUGCGAGGAGCUCCUGGGCUUCCUCUCCCGCUUCCUGGACGUCCGCCAGCUUGACCUGCGUCUGCUGAUGGACGAAGACAUGCAAGGCGCUGCCGGCGGCGCACGCUCGGCGGACCAAGAGCACUGCUGCGAGAAGAAGGUGAAGCUGUUCGGCGUGGUCCUCAAGGACGCGUCGGCGAGGAAGAGGGGCCGGUGCGACGAGGCGGCGGCCAGCGAGCGGUCGAUGAAGAUGACGAGGAUCGGGGAGCCGUGGGUCGGCGUGCCGUCAUCCUGCCCGGCGCGCUGCGGCGGCGGGAACUGAUGCGCGCUUCGCCGCGGCCGGACGGCUGCACCCAGCAGGCGCGCGCGCGCUAUUGUACAUUUGUACGCGUGCAUGGGCAGCAUGGCUACGCUGAUGGCAAGUUGGCAACAAAGCCAACAAUGGAUGGACCCAUUCCAUCAACGUUGUUCGUAUACAAAAAAAAAAACUUUUAAGAAAAGCAAAGCUUUGGACACAAAAGUCCAUAGCUACGUACCCGUGUAAUAAGAAACUAAGAACUAAUGCAGGUACGCUGGGAAGUAGUAGGAAGAUUGGAAGAUGGAAGCUCUCCUCCUUGUCGUGGAUCCGAUUACACACAUAAAUGUUUGCAGAACAAAUGCUAGGAGCACUAAGUUUGACAAGGUGUAAAGCUAUACACCCCAUUUGAGAUCUACAGAUUGUAUCCUGAGGUUCUGUCUUGAAAUACAUACUGAUAUUCUUUCUCUCCUCCA